CACAUCCCCACACACGCGCUCGUGGCCUUCACGUUGCGCCUUCGGACGAGGACUCGGCAAAUCAUCGGUCUUCCUUUCUUCCACUGCGCUGUAGCACGGCAAUUUUGCAGAAGCCGUGCUCUCCGAAGCCUUUGCUGGCUGGAGGGCUGGAGAUGUCUGUCCUUGCAUCCUUGGAUGGGGCAGUCCACCAUCUCCCUCCACCAUCCAGCCUUUCCCCGCAAUCGCGGACCCUGUGGCUUCCGUGCACAACUGCACCGGGCUGAGGUUGAUCGUGCCGAGGCUCGGAACAGAUCAAUGGGAUAAUUCAUAUGUAGCUCAUCCUCGAGCCGAUUCAUCUUUCGUCUUUCCUUCAUCUCCCACCAUCCAAAAUGCCUCCUCGCCCAGUAUUGAAGACGCCCCUCUGCGACCUGCUCGGGAUCGAGUACCCCAUCCUGCUAGCAGGCAUGGCUCGCACCUCCUCCGGCGCCCUCGCCGCCGCCGUCUCCAACGCCGGCGGCCUGGGCGUCAUUGGAGGCCUGGGCUACACCCCGGACCAACUGCGUGCCAUCAUCCACGAGAUCAAGGCCAACCUCGCCGACCCCAGCUUCAAAUUCGGCGUCGAUCUCGCCCUCCCUCAAGUCGGUGGGAGCGCGCGCAAGACUAAUCAUGACUACACUCAUGGCCAACUCGAUGAUCUUAUCACCGUCACGAUCGAGGAGAAGGCGAGUCUGUUUGUCAGCGCGGUCGGUGUGCCGCCGAAACACGUGAUUGAGAGAUUACACGAAGCUGGCAUUCUGGUGAUGAACAUGGUCGGCCACCCGAAACAUGCUCACAAGGCAUUCCAAGCCGGCGUCGAUAUCGUCUGCGCACAAGGUGGAGAAGGUGGCGGACACACAGGAGACAUUGCCACUAGCAUCCUCAUCCCGGCCGUGGUGGACGUUGCGCGGCAGUACAAGAGUCCGUUGACAGGCAAGACGGCAUUGGUUGUGGCGGCGGGUGGUGUCUCGACGGGGAGGUCCCUCGCUGCCAUGCUUUCCUACGGCUCCGCCGGAGUCUGGGUAGGGACGCGAUUCGUCGCCUCGGAAGAAGCAGGCUGCAGCCAAAUGCACAAAGAGGCAGUAUGCUCCGCAUCAUUCGAAGACACCCUCCGCACGCUCGUCGUCUCCGGCCGCCCGCUGCGAGUGCGGAUGAACGACUACAUCAAGUCCUGGGAGGUGGAUCGGCCGGACGAAGUGCGCAAGCUGUGCGACAGUGGCAUUGUCCCGCUGCAGAAAGACAUGGACGAGGAGAAGGAGGUCGACAUUCCCUUUUUGAUGGGCCAGGUGGCGGCGACUAUUGGAGAGAUCAAGCCGGCAAAGGCCAUUAUGGACGAGAUGGUGUCGGAGUGUGUGGAGAUCCUGCGCAGCCAGCAGAGCUAUAUUGGAGGCGGUAAGACGAGCCGAUUGUAGAGUCGAGAAAAUUGGCGGCAGGGAAUGGGAUAAAUGCCACAUUUCGUUGUGGGCAAGGCGGUGGACAAAUCACAUCUGGCAAGCAGACCACACUGGCUGCUAAUUAUAGAUGAUGAAUGAAGAGGAAGGCUUGGUACGCUAUACGUAGAGCGAAGGGCGAGAGAGAUGGAGUCGAAGGUGCACACAAUCUUGUAUUGAGCCUUUGAAAGAGG